AUGCCACCGGUUAUGGACGUCCCCCGACGCACAUCCCGGGUCACCACCUGGCUUGGGGCCACCAAGGUGAGGUCAGCCCGCGACGCAAACAGGCCUUACCGCCAUCGGGCCGUCAUGGUCACUGGGACGGACCGGCAGGGGGACGCCCAUUCGGUUCGGCAGCCGUCCGGCGCCCUGGGAUCGCAAGCGGCCCCAUGGCGCCGAACUUCGCUAACAUCAUUGUCCGCCAUCCUCAGAACGCCAGCCUACUACAAUUCCACCCAGCUCGGCUCUAUUGCUGCAAACAACAACCUGUUCAUCACAGAAGUAGAUGCAAUGCGGCCUCCAUUCAUGAGCCUGGCAGCGCUGUGGGUUGCGGCGGUGUGCUGCUCGGGCCAAGCAGGCACGGGCGCAUUCGUCCCGCGGGACGGCUCGUCCAUGCGAGCAGAAUCCUCACUCGCUGAAGGUGUGUCCGCCUCGCUUCGCCCUGGAGCUGAGGCGCGCGGUCUCCCUUUGGUCCUCAGGUUCACCGCCCAGAGCAACAUGGUCCAUUGA